CUGGUCCGUUCCCAGAGUCCGAAGAAGACGUGUCAAGAAAAAGCUCCUUGUUUGAUGUGGACGUUUAAUAGCAAGAAAACACACAAAUGACUGUCCUCUUUACUCCCUUCUCGUCCCAUAAAUGAGUCGAAAAUGGGCAAGAGAGACAAUCGAGUGGCUUACGUUAAUCCUAUUGCUGCUGCACGAUCCAGGGGCCCGGUACAGAACUCUGGACCAACCAUCCAGGAUUAUUUAGGCAGACCUCGGCCAACAUGGGAAGAGUUAAAGGAGCAGCUGGAGAAGAAGAAGAAGGGCUCGCGAGCCUUAGCUGACUUUGAGGACAAGAUGAACGAGAGAUGGAAGAAAGAGCUGGCGAAGAACCGUGAAAAGCUGAUGGGCGGGAGCGACAAGGACAAAGAAAAGGACAAAAAGGCAACAGAGAAAAAGAAGCGAGAGAAGAAGAAGUGCAGUAGGCAUUCUUCAUCUUCUUCCUCCUCCUCAUCGAGUUCUGAUUCCUCCAGCAGCUCCUCCUCAGAAUCUGAAGAUGAGGACGAAAAGAAGCCGUUGAAGAAAAAACGUAAAAGGAAGAGGUCGUCGGCCAGGAGAGCAUCAGAUGACUCUGAAGCAGAAUCGGAGCCAGAAAGAAAGAAGAAAAAGAAGAGGAUGAAGGAGGAGGGUGAUAACGAGAAGGACGGCAAGAACCAUCGGAGGAAAAUAAAAACCGAGCGCAAAGACUCCUCCUCCAAGUCUUCUGCAGAGUCGGCAGGAGAAGAAUUUGCGGAAGCCAAGAAGAAAAAGAGAAGUAGCGAGGAAAAGGAGAAAAUCCCAGACAAAUCCAGGAAGAAGAGGAAAAAGAAGCACAAGAAGCACAGCGGCAAAAAGAAGAGGAAGGCGGUGUCUCAGUCCAACUCUGAGGCGGACUAGCUGUGCAACGUUGUUGUUGUUUUUUGACACCACAUUUUGGACACCAAGCACAGUAGGGUUAAAUCAGUGGCAACUCCUCGCUGAAUCAUGUGCAUAUCUUUUUUUAGACUUUUGAGUGCAUGUGCCACAGAUGUUCCUACUGACUGAACUGUCCCUUUUUUGAGCAGUUUCACUUUGCUUCCUCCAGUAGCUGCUGCUGCUUCCUUCUUCCCCGUUGCUCCGUAUGCUGAUCCUUGAUGUCACGCCAGCCUCAUAUUGAAGUUGGACCUGUAAGAUAAAACACACUUCCGUUUGUCGUGGCACAGCAGUGCAAUGUAUGAACCCUCGUGAAUAAACUCAUGUUGUAGCCAUCA